GGGAAAAUAUUUCCCGCGCUCGCUCCCACCAUCAAGCAGACGGCAUCAUGGACGUGGAGAUGAAGGCGGACACGGGAGCCGCAGAGGCUGCCGCGAAGAGCUCCGGCGGCCAUUACGAGCUGCCCUGGGUGGAGAAGUACCGGCCGCAGAAGCUCAGCGAGAUCGUGGGCAACGAGGAGACCGUGAGCCGGCUGGAGGUGUUCGCGCGCGAGGGGAACGUGCCUAACAUCAUCAUCGCAGGUCCUCCGGGAACCGGAAAGACCACCAGCAUCCUGUGUCUGGCCCGAGCGCUGCUCGGCCAAUCGGUGAAGGACGCGGUGCUGGAGCUCAACGCCUCCAACGAGAGGGGCAUCGACGUGGUGAGGAACAAGAUCAAGAUGUUCGCUCAGCAGAAGGUCACGCUGCCCAAAGGUCGACACAAGGUCAUCAUCCUGGACGAGGCCGACAGCAUGACGGACGGGGCUCAGCAGGCGCUAAGGCGCAUCAUGGAGAUCUACUCCAAGACCACCCGCUUCGCCCUCGCCUGCAACGCGUCCGACCGCAUCAUCGAGCCGCUGCAGUCGCGCUGCGCCGUGCUGCGCUACGCCAAGCUGAGCGACGCGCAGGUGCUGCGCCGCCUGCAGGAGGUGGUGCUGCUGGAGGGGCUGCAGGUGUCGCCCGACGGGCUGGAGGCCGUGAUCUUCACGGCGCAGGGAGACAUGAGACAGGCGCUGAACAACCUGCAGUCCACCAACGCUGGCUUCGGCUACAUCAACAGCGAGAACGUGUUCAAAGUGUGCGACGAGCCUCACCCGCUGCUGGUGAAAGGCAUGCUGGGACACUGCGUGGACGGGAACAUCGACCAGGCCUACAAGGUGGUGGAGCAGCUGUGGGCGCUGGGCUACUCUCCGGAGGACAUCAUCGGGAACAUCUUCAGGGUCUGCAAGACCUACCAGAUGGCCGAGUACCUCAAACUGGACUUCAUCAAGGAGAUCGGCUACACCCACAUGCGGGUGUCUGAGGGUGUGAACUCUCUGCUGCAGAUGUCGGGUCUGCUCUCUCGCCUGUGCAGCCGAACAGCGCCCCCUGCUGCCAGCUGAGCUACUACACUGACUACUAGAAUAAAUAUUGUUUCAUUGUU